UCUAUUUGUGUUGUUUUAUUGCUUAAAUAAUUUGCAUUUGAUCAAUAAAGAAGAACCCUCCAGAUCAUGUGGGUUUGACAAUAUUUCUAUGUAAACAUCAGAAAAAUAGUUGUUUUGACAUCUCAUAUCUGAUUAACUUAACGAAAUAAGGAUGCCGAUUUUGUUCAGCACUGUGGCGAGAGGCACUACAGUUCUUGCCAAGUAUGCCAGUUGUGCUGGAAACUUCACAGAGGUCACAGAACAGAUCCUUGCAAAAAUUCCUCCAGACAACUCCAAGCUGACCUAUUCACAUGGCAGUUACCUGUUCCACUACAUCUGUGAAGACCGAAUCAUAUAUUUGUGCAUCACUGACGAUGAUUUUGAGAGGGCCAAAGCCUUUGCAUUUCUUUCAGAAGUUAAAAGAAAAUUUCAGAUGCAAUAUGGUGUUCGAGCACAGACAGCGUUGCCCUAUGCCAUGAAUUCAGAAUUCAGUCGGACAAUUGCUUCACAAAUAAGGGCCAUGACCUCCGAUGCCGCAGGCGCAGCCAAAGACAAGGUGGAGCAAGUUCAAGGUCAGGUCGAUGAGCUGAAGGGGAUCAUGGUGCGAAAUAUAGAUCAGAUAGCUGACAGAGGUGAAAGACUGGAGCUGCUCGUGGAUAAAACUGAAGACCUCAGCAUGAAUGCAGUUACGUUCAAGAAGACCAGUCGGAAUCUGGCACGGUCCAUGUGGUGGAAAAACGUCAAGCUGACCAUUAUCAUCGUUGUUGUUGUUAUUGUAAUUUUAUACUUCAUUGUAACCGCUGCCUGUGGAGGCUUCAAGUGGCAGAAUUGUAUCAAGAAAUGAGAUAGCGUGAUGAAUACACAAACAUGCUCACCAACAUCACAAUUGUUACAUGUGCCGUUGAUGUUGGUGUCUUCAACAGGCUGCCAAUGCUUGUACGUGGAAUAGAAUUAACAUAAGGUACUGAUUACAAUGUGUUUCCUUGGACAAUUACUAAUUUUACUGAGUUAAAGCACACAUUUUAUGGUGCAUAUAAAAUGUUUCAAUAUAUGUAUGCUUUUUUAAUCAUAUUUUUAUUGAAUACAAAAAGUCUUUUUUUUUUUUUCUUUAUGCGUUAAUAAUCUUGUAUUUUGAGAACAGGAAUUGAAAAAAAGAUGAUUUGAUGAAAGUAAUUUGGAAAUGAUAUAUAUAAAAAUACUUGUCUGAAUGUGCUUUAGUGUUUUUUGCAAAGAUGUCUUUCACUGUUCAAAAUAAUUUGUGUAUUUUUACUAGAAGUCAUGUCCACAAAUCAACAUGUUGUAAAUAUUCCUAUAUUUGUCAGAUAACAAUGAUACAUAUUAAAAUAUAAUGAAUUGUCAUUAAGACUUUGGACAGUAUAAUUAUCAAUGCUUAAUUGUUUGUUUUAUAAAUGACUAGUUUAUAACAUUUUACACACUGUUAACGUUGUUUUCACACGUAAAAAAUAUAUUUCUAUUAAAUAUAUAGAAAAACUAUUUCUAUUAAAUAUAUAAAAAUAUACAUUUAUUUAUAUUUAAUAGAAAUAGAUUUCGUAAGUGUGAAAAAUACGUUAACAGUGUGUAAAAUGUUAUAUAUCAUAUAUAUGUCAUAAAUAAGUGUUCUUUGAAGUACUGAACAUGUAAUCAUAUAUGUUCUUGUUCUUAUAGACAGGAGAGCAUAAUAAUUUUGCUUUGAAAGACACGGUCUGUAUUCACCAAUCCAUUCUUAGACUUAAGAAUAAAGAAUAGACUUAGAACAAAAAAAAGUACAUCCAGUGUUUGAAAUAUACAUGAUACCACUGGUGAUGAUGUCAUUUACCAAAUGUAGAAAGAUGUAGAUAGAGUUGGUUAAUACCAAGUUAGACUCAAAAGUGAAGCAAUUCUUGAAUAAUCCAAUUAAAAAGAUACAUGUAUUCUUUAUUCUAAGAGUUAAGUGUAAAAAUUGUUUGGUGAAUACGGGCCCAUAUUUCUUUUUAUCACAUGUGAAAUAAUGUGAUCUUAUAGUGUAUAAUUAUAUUAAUUGUCUAUUAAAGGAUUUAUUUGAAAUUUGUCUGAUUUGCCUUUGUAUAUAACUGACAUUGUAUGAGAAAAUUUAGAAACCCAAGAAAUGAAGUCUGUUGACAACCUUUCAAUGGAGUCCAGUUGUAAAAAACAAUCCUAGCCAUCUGACAAGUCUGCCAAAUUGUACAUUUAAGUUACUGCUUGUUUUGUAUCUCAUGUUUAUGCCCCCGGAUCGAAUGAUCAGUGGUAUAUUGUUUUUGGCCUGUCUGUCUGUCAUUGUGUGUCUGUCUGUCUGUCACAAAACUUUAACCUUGCAGGUUAAAGUUUUGCAAUAACUUUUGCAAUAUUGAAGAUAGCAACUUGAUAUUUGGCAUGCAUGUGUAUCUCAUGGAGCUGCACAUUUUGAGUGGUGAAAGGUCAAGGUCAUCCUUCAAGGUCAAAUGUCAAAAAAACAAAUCCAAGGGAAGUAAUAAGCUUUAAAGGGAGAUAAUUAUCUGUACCUGCCAAAUGAUAAAAAACAAAAAAUAAAUCAAAGCGACGCAGUAGAGGGCAUUUUGUUUCUGACAAACACAUCUCUUGUUUAUAUCUCUCUCUGCUGCCAAUAUUGUCGUAAAAUAAAAAACAUUGAAUUUGUAUGUUGCCAUGAGCAAACAUGCCUAAUAUCAUUGAAACAUGAUUAUUAUUGUCUUGUCAUUGAUUAAUGAAAGCAAAGUUAAUCAAAACCUGCAAAAUGAUUUACGUAAAUGAAUGCUAAUUCAAAUGUGAGAGGUUUUAGACCUUAAUAUAUUAUAAUAAUUAGAUAUAUUAUAUAUAUAUAAUACCCAGUAGAUUAAUCACCUUUUGCUUAAGUCUUUUGUAUUUUUAUUAGUUAUUUUGUGUGUGCAUUUUAAAAGCUUCAGCAUGUGUGCAUAUUUAAGAAUAAAUGAUUGUUUACUGCAGUAUGUACUUGGACGUCAUGGUGGUCUUGCUUGUCAUAGAAACAUCUUGAACUAUUAAAGUUUAAACUAUUUCUCUUAAAUUCAAAUUUUUGCAACUUGAAUGGGGAUGCCCAUUUGCAAAAUGUUUAUAACAUAUGCAUGCUACAGUAAAUAUUAAAACUUAUCGUGUCAAGAUGAACAAACAAAGACCAUGUGUAUGACAAUACUGUUAAAGAAAAUGAUGAUUUUGAAGACAAGGAAAAUUUUACUAGCACUUGUACUAAAGAUGUUAUGGUGUUUAAGGACUCGUGUUUUUUUACAUGAAGACAAUCAAUAGGAAUGGUGUAGGCAUUAAUGUAUUGUUUGACUGUUAAUGUAAAAAACAGCAAAAUGUGAAUAUAGCAAAAAGUGGACAUUUUGUUUGAAAAUCUGACCACUUGAAAGUGCCAACCUUACUCAAAUGGACUUUAAUGGGUAAGCAGAAAUGGUAUACUUAGUGCAUGCUGAAUAUUUAACAUAGUUUUGCAGUCAGACUUUGACAUCAAAUUAUUUAUAAAAAAAGAUCCAUAUGGUUAAAUUGCUUUGUGAUGAAUGUUUUAUAGUUUGUAUUCUUAUUUGAUCUAGUAAUAAGGAUGUUUAUGACAUGUCUACAGUUAACUGUUAGAGAAUACUUAAACUUAGAUCUUUAGUUCACAUUUAUAUCUGUUAUAGAAAACUUACUUCAGCUCUAGUUUAAAUUAUCUUUUAUUAUUGGAAACUUUAACUUCGAUCAUUAGUUGAAGUCAAUAUCAGUCCGAAGAGAACAUGAUACAACUGUUAUAAGAGAACAUGAUACAACUGUUAUAAGAGAACAUGAUACGACUGUUUUAAGAGAACAUGAUACGACUGUUAUAAACACUCAAAAGUAUUGUUAAGAAGUGGUUUGUAUACAGAUAAUCAUGUUUGUCUUUAAGUAUCUACUAAGCUGAUUAAAGUUAAGUGUAGCGGUAAUGAUCAUUGAAUAUAUGAUAACAUAAAAAUCUAAAAACAAUAGACCUAUAUGUAAAAGUAACUGUAGUCAAUGGAAUAUGUUGUAAUGUGUAUUGUAAAGUAUUUUUCUUCCAUUUUAUGUGUGCAUGUAAAUGUUUGCCAUACAUGUAAUGUAUAUGCUUUAUUGCUUAUGCCAAUUUCUUAUGUAUAAAAUGUUGAUGUUCUUUGUUACAGAAAAAUAAUUUUUUGGUAAAAAUGAUUAACACAAUAAAAUUAAGAAAUA